AAAAAAAACCCCAAAUUCCCCCAUCACUCCCUAUUCCUUUUAGUUCUCUGCUUCUCUACUGAAAUUUGAAGAAGCCGUUUCUCUGCUCUGCUGCCGUUCUUUCCUUGAUUGCCGGCUGGUUUCUAUCAAUACUAUCUCUGUUUUCCUUCAAGAAGGGACUUCCAUCAUCGUAAAUUUUAGAGUACUUUGUGAUUCUCGAUGACGCCUGAGACGCCAGAGACAGCAGCGAAGGCAAAAGAUGCACCUAAAUUGGUGAAACUGGAUAGAGCCCGAAAAUUAGCUGAAUCAUGGGUUAACAAUAUGAGUGGAUCACCAGAUGAGGAAUCAAUUGAAGAGAAGGAACCGGAGCCUCGCCCUGCAAGGUUGGGCUUAGGGGCAAGAGCUGCACCACAAACUAGACUUGGACCUUCCAGUGAUCCAGCUGGUAAGAGUUUGCACAACAAGUUGGAAGCUAGUAAAAAGAGAGCUGCAGCUAAGUCAUUAGAAGAAGAAUCAAAGGCUAACAACGGACAAGCUAGUGAUGAUGAUGAUGAUGACGAAGAACCAGAGAGCAGAACCAAUGCUUUUACCAAAAAGAUAGUGGUACCUGCUGUUCCCCCGAGUUCGCAGGGCAAGAAGAAACGAAAGAGAUAAGAUCUAAAAUUUUGCGAGUGAAAAUGUGAAGCAUUUAACAUGUCUUGUCUGGAGACGAAAACAUGCUAUUGAAAAUUCUUAGUUAAGCCACUAAUAUUUUCUCUUGUAAUCUGAAAAAUCAAUGCAAUGUGUUCGGUUUUUGAUGAUUUUUGUAUAGAACAAAAACUGAAUGAGAUCUUUCUGAAACCUAAUAUGGUUCAGAGGUGCAGAUACCAA